AUGCAGAGAUCAUGGCUUCCCCGAUUGAAGUGGCGCGCCUCCCUGCCGCCGCCCACGACGGCCGCAUGGCAUGGCCAACGUCAGCUGGCAGCUGCCCCCGGCGUCCGCGCGACGCCCGACCUGCCCUGCGCCGCUCUCUUCGAUCGGACCGCUGAUGUGGACUACGCCGCCCGACAGAUCUGGGCUGCGUGUGCGGCCUACGGCGUCGGACCUGCACUCGCCACGGACCAGAGAGUGAUCCCUGUCGAGCGUCGCUAUACAACGUCGAUGUUCUCGCGCCCGCGGCCGGAGAUGAUCACCACGAUCCAGGCAGGGAAGAGUGGGCUGAAGAAAGGGCACGUCCUUGGAGCGCUGAGCAAGAAGGUAGUCAAGCCACUGCUCAAAGCCAGACAGGGGCCUGGGACUUCCAUGGGCUUCUUCGAGCAGGGGAUUCUGGUGGGGCUUGUGUUCAUUGUUAUACCGGUUGUAUCGGUGGCAGGGUUCUCGGUGUGA